UCAGUAGUAUCAAAAAUAACCUUUUGAUCUCUUGGUUUUGACUGGCAGAUCCAUUGGAGUCCAAGCUGCAGUCUAGUUUAGUUUCAGUCAAGACCUGAAAAUUCAAUGUAGUGAAUACUUAGAUCAAAAUCCAUUGCCUGCAUCAUUGCUGAUGUGUGAAACGUUAUAGCUUUCUACCUGUAUGUGUAAAACCCAUUUUUUUCCUUAUGGUAUAUAGGGAUUGUUGGGGUAAAGGGAAAAAAGUGCAUCUCUACUACUGUUUGUUUUAACAUAAAUAUGCUUUUCUAAUUCUAGGAAGAUGAAAGAAGCCUCAUGAAGAGCUUGUAUGCCCUUCAUGACAAAUUGGCUCAAGUAGCAGGGGAACAUGAAUGUGGCAGCUCUAUUCAAAGAAACCUUACCGUCCAGGAGGCAGCUGCAUAUUUAAAAAAUUUAGAUCGAAAAUAUGAAAGUGUACUUAACAAAACAUUGCACUGGAUCUUGAAUAGUGGGGAAGAUGUUGGCAUAAAGUGUCUCAGCAAUGACCCUAAUGAGAUGAAUGUCACCAAUGUGACAGAUGUGAAGUAUCUGGAAUCCACUAGUCCAAAGAUGUCUUUCAGGUGUCGUUUUCGCCGUGCGUUUGUUAAUGUAACUCACAGAUUAUCAAUAUUGCUCCUGGGUAUAGGAAUGGUUUGGGGAGUCUUACACUACAUGAAGUACCGUUGGGCAAAAGAGGAAGAAGAAACAAAGCAGAUGUAUGAUAUGGUGGUAAAAAUCAUAGAUGUUCUAAGAAGCCACAGUGAGGCAUGUUCAGAAAAUAAAGAGCUGCAGCCUUACAUGCCAAUUUUACAUGUGCGUGAUUCUCUAAUACCUCCUCAGGACAGGAGGAAAAUGAAUAAAGUUUGGAAUAGAGCCGUUGAGUUUCUUGCAGCAAAUGAAUCUAGAAUUCGCACAGAGACACGAAGAAUAGGUGGUGCCGAGUUCUUGGUUUGGAAGUGGAUGCAACCUUCUGCAGCAUGUGACAAAAUUUUAGUAAUACCAUCGAAAGUGUGGCAAGGCCAAGCAUUUCAUCUAGAUAGAAGAAAUUCACCACCGAACAGCUUGACACCAUGUCUGAAGAUUCGCAAUAUGUUUGAUCCAGUUAUGGAAAUAGGUGAUCACUGGCAUCUAGCAAUUCAAGAAGCAAUCUUGGAGAAAUGCAGUGAUAAUGAUGGAAUUGUUCAUAUUGCUGUUGACAAAAAUUCACGUGAGGGCUGUGUAUAUGUCAAGUGUCUCUCUCCGGAGUAUGCUGGAAAGGCUUUCAAGGCAUUACAUGGAUCUUGGUUUGAUGGAAAGCUGGUAACAGUAAAAUAUCUGCGACUAGAUCGGUAUCAUCAUCGUUUUCCCCAGGCUCUUACUUGUAACACUCCACUGAAGCCAUCAAACAAACACAUGAACUCUAUGUCACAUCUGCGUCUUCGAACAGGCACAACUAAUUCUCAGGGAAGUUCCUGAGAAGACUUUCUACAACUGCUAGGACUGUUACUUGCAACAGGAAUUUUCCUGUUUGGCUGCCGUCUUCCUUUUUUAGUGCUUUUUGUAUGUAAUACUUCAAUGAAUUAAAUAAAAGUUUGAACGUUCCAGAAAUCUUGUUUCCAAAGGGACUUAGCAAUGAGGCAGUAACACUGAGCUGACAAAAGAGAAAAAGAAAAAAGUUGCUUCACAGAGUUUUCCGGGGCUAUAGUAAACCAAUGCAUUUAAGUUUUGCAUGAGGACUACCGAAUUCAUUAUACAUUUGCAGAUGUGGUGACUGUAUUUUUGCACCAAGAAGUGUUUUUGAUAAUACAAAAGCAUGGAGAAAAGAAGACUUCCUGUAUUCCCAUAGUCUCCUGUGAAAUAAUCUUGUGGGUAUUUUGUAACAACCUACAGUUCCUGAUGGUGAAUAAGUUAAAAAAAAAAAAAAAUUCAGUCAACAUUAGUUUUUUGUUGCUGUAUAAGAAUCUUCUUCUGCAGCUGGGGUAUGGGGAAAGUGAGUUUGGCAUAAGUGGUUGCAUAUAAUUAUGAGGGAAAACAAACUGAAUGUGGAUGUACGGGGUUUUGUAUAUAAAUGUAAAUGCUGGUGGUGGCAAAAAUGGUUGUGUUCUGUGAGGAUGUCUGCAUCGAAGCAGCAAAUAAGCUUCCUAUUUUAUUCAAAACCUAAUGUUUUAUAUUAUUUUGGCUGUACCAUGACAAGAGGCCAAAUACCUAAAAGUGUUGGAUACAGGUAAAAUAUCUUUUAUAGGUUUUUUAUUAAAAUGCCUGACUGAUUUUAUGUGAAAGGUCUGAUACCAAUUGUAAUGAAUUCAAAUUUGUGAGCAAUAAAGAAGCAAUUGGCAGAUACUGGAAAAA